GGGCACACACACACACACACACUCACGCGUGCACAUCUAAAAGAAGAGCCUAAAGACAGCAACUGACCAACCAGCUGACUUUUAAACGCGCGCCCCCGUCACACACCUUCCAAGGAGAAUAAGAAGAUAAACAAACCUCAGCAUGUUCGCAGACAGAUACAGACACGGUCGCGCUGUCAGAACCUGACGAGAGGUCGUGCCGCUCCCGACUUUUAAAACCCUCCUUUUUUUCUCUCAUUUAUUUUAAAAGAACGAUUUUUAAAAGAACUGCUCUCUCUUAUUAUUAUACAUUUUCUUGAAUGUUGCUGGCAAAACAAGUUGAAUUAAUUUCUUGCCUUCUUUGAAAAUAGGGUUAUAUUUUUUCCCUUGAUAUUGUUUGUUUGUGUGUUUUAUUUAUAUUAUUAUUUUAUUAUUUUUUUUAUUUUUAAACAAAAAUAUCACAGUUCUUAGAGAAUGGGUUCUAGGUUGAGCAGACAAAGCAGUCUGCAAGACGAAACGGAAUUUUCUAAGAAAAAACGACAGCAGAGCCCUGGGGAAGCUGGGGCGAGCGGCGGCGGAGACUUUCUAUUUACAUCCCUGAUCCUAAAGUCUGACAAGCUGCCGGGGAUGCUCAAAAAAAACAACCCAGCUCCCUACACGCGAAGGGUAGGAUGGAUCCGGGAUAUCCAGGCGCUUAUCCGCGAAUGCAAAGUGGAGCAGGCAGUCGACGUUAUCAAAUUACUAAGAAAGGAUUUGGGUUUGGAAGGCACUUCUCUAAAUGAUAUUCUCUACAAGAAUGCAGCGUUUCUUAAUCUGGUUGAUCCCAUCUCUCACGAGCUGCUGCUUAGCCUGGCUCGUGACUUACAGUGCCCCAAGAAGGAGCUGGACCCCUUGAAGUCUUCGGAUAAGAUAUGCAGGCAGCUGAUCUACCACCUGACCCCACACUCCAAGUGGCUGCGGCAGAGCCUGCCGCGGAGGAAGUCACAGGCGUGCCUCAAAACAAUGUUACAGAAGAAGGUCUCCAGCGGCUCAUUGGACUUAUCUGGGAUUCCGCUGUCAGCGCGCGACGUCCACCGGGUGGCGUACUACCUGCAGAACAACCGUGACGGGAUUGCAGCGGUGGACCUGAGCUUCACCGAGCUGCACGACGACCACCUCCUCAUGCUGCUGCCCUACCUGGGCGCGCUGCCCAAACUGACCAACCUGGCGCUCAACGGCAACCGCCUGACCCUGUCCAUCAUCAAGGACCUGACCGAGGCCCUGAAGGAUGUGGGCAAGUUCCCCAGCCUCUCCUGGAUCGACCUGGGCAACAACGUGGACAUCUUCACCAUGCCACAGCCCCUGCUCGUGGCUCUGCGCAGACGCUGCAGCCUCAGGAGCAGCCUGCCGACCAUCUAUGAAUACACAGAGGGGCAGGUGUAUGACUACACCCUGGAGACCUCCAUCGAGGAAGCCAGCCACUACGGAGAUGAAGAGGAGGAGGAGGAGGAGGAUGAGGAGGAGGAGGAGGACCUAGAACGCUGGGCAGUGACGGACAAGAGCGACUCCCAGAGCUUCACCCUGCAGUGCUGCGAGAGGUGAUGAGCCGGCCUCUCUGUUAAGAGCGGUUUGGAAGAAGGUUCACCUCAAUUUAAAUUAUAUGUAUUGGCAUGUCUGAGUUAGUGCCAUACAUUUGAAAGCUUGUCCCAAAAUAGCACCCAUACUUCACAUCCAGUUUCGAUAUGGCGUAGCCAGUGACUUACCGGGUGGUUGACGGUGCUCCUGGAGGCAAGGCAGAAUUUCAUUGGAGGAUGAGAGAUUUAAGAAGAGGCUCCCUUUAGCGGCAGUCGAGGCAGGAGAGUCUUUGAGGGCAGAUUGUUUUAGAGAGGUCGACAAGAGAACUGCAUAGUGACGGAGCUGCUAGAGCAGGAUUUAUUUUACAAUCAGAGACCGAACGAAAAUUUCUACUAGAACUGAGCCUGUCUCUUGUAGGCUUGGUCUAGCUUGACAUUGUGUGUGAGUUCUGUUAAUCUCCCAACAAAACAAAUAAACUGAACAGACUAUUCAGGCUUCAAACGUCACGUGACUGCAAACUGCAAAGUCAAGCCUUUUUUUCAAAACGUUCACUUGUGGCUACCGUGCAUAUACUUGUAUAAAUGUCCUUUAUGGUAGAACAUUGUGUGACACUAUUUUCAUGUGGUCUUUGCUGUGAACUCAAGUUAGUAAUUACGUUUGUGUAAGGAUUUUACUGGACACUGAUAAUCAAAAGUGUAUUUAACUGUAACUUCAUAUUCCCUUUUUACUUUGUCAGAUGUUAAACACAAUACACACAAAGGUAUUCUCACUGCAAUCCAGCAGUAUAAUGUGGGUCAGUUCUGGUUUAACAUAAUUACUUACUGCAAAGACGGAUGGGGUCUUGUUAAUUAAAAACAAAUCUAAUAAAUGGCGCAAUAGCCAGAGCACAACCCCAGAAAACUAGAUCUGCAUUACUGUGAGCAGAUACUGAAAUCUGAAACAACUGUGCUAUUAAAAUUGAUUUCUCUUUUUUAA